AUGGGGAACUCCAUAGAAAUUGCGAAAUCGCCAUGGACGCCAAUCGAGCAGCAAACCAUUGUGCAAACCAUUGUUCGCACAAUGACAAUGAACAUCACGAAAUUAUCUUCAACGGGGCGCAACAGCGAUUCUGUAGAGGCUCUGGCUCCGAUUUCAGACUUCAGUAGAAGUCUUCAUCUCACUGAGUUGUUGAAGGAUAAAUCCCUGAGAGAGGCAUAUGCAGCAGCGCAGGCGGACGGUCAGCUACCAACCAACCGAGCCCGGGUCCUGAUACUCGGGGAGCCUCGUGCCGGUAAAACCAGUCUUCUGAACCGGCUCAUGGGAAGGGAGUUUGACAUCCGGGAACAGCCGACUGAGGGGAUUGAGACGCGCAUGUGUCACGUGACCAACGUGGACAAACAGUGGAACGAAUCCGAAGGCGCCAAGGCAGAUGACAUACAGCAAUGUGCCUCAGUGGUGACUGCCCUUGGUGAAAUGUCGUCGGCUAUUAAGGCAACGACACUCGGAUCUGAUACAUCGAGGAAGAACGACCCCACACAAACGCACACGUUGCCCGAUUUAAUGAAAAUAGGUCUACAGCUAUUUUGUUUGUUCGUAGUUGUGUUUGGACUUUGCUUGUUAAAGUACGGGUAUACGGCAUUUGUAUGGUGUACAUUCGGGGCAUUAACCUUGAUGCACAACUACAACUUUGCGUAUCGGUUGGCAACGUAUAUAUCUUUGUUCUGCGUUCUCUUUGACACAAAAAUCAGAAGAGAUAUUUUGAUAGAAGCUCCGAGCUGUCAGGAGAGGGAGGACGGGUUUGAAAACCGGACAAUUUGGUCUACUUUGCAGAGCAUGGUGUUGGAUGCAAUAAAUAGCAUAAUGUUGGGUGUAGCCAAUGGUUUCGGUUGUCGCACAGGUGUCGCCGUUGCCUUCUCGGCGAGUCUUCAUCCAGAAGAGAUUAAGGCGACUCGAGAAGCUGCUGCUGAGGGUCCCGUUAUCUCAUGGGACAUGCUCGUGUUGAGUGUGAUAUCAAGUGCAGGAAUACUUCUUGGCAUUGGAUGCUACUCUUUUUGUACAUUCAAUGACAGGUGGCAUAAAUACAGAACUGCUACGUGCUGUGGCCUUCUGGCGUGGCUACUUGCACUGAGCCUCAAAGGAGACUGCAGAAACAGACGCUACUGGUUCCUGUUUCUGAACGGAAUUAUGAUGUCAAUUCAAGAGACAUGGGGGAUGAUUGUUGGUCGGAGAGCUUCCCAUAAAUACGGAGUCAGAGCUAGUUACGUUUCGAAGAAGAUUGUUGGCUUCAUCUUUGGCCUGUACCUAUCAUACAUCUUAGGCUGGACAAUGAGGAUACCAAACUCUAGUUUGCCGUCCGUGACAUUGUACCUUCUUUCCAUCAUGGCACAUCCCUUAUUUGAUCUUCACAACACUUACAAAGUAUGGCGAGAAAAGUCAACCUUCCCCGUAAAACUUAUCCGUGAGCAGAUGAAAACUGUACUCCAAAGACAACCAGUCUUAAAGACCAAGCUGAGUUUAUGGGACUUUGCUGGCGACACUUUAUAUCACUGCACCCAUCACGUCUUUAUGCCGGACAGAGCUCUGUACGUGAUCGUCUUCAACCUACACGCCGCCGUUUCUGACGAAGAUGGGCAACUGCAGAAACUUCUCUUCUGGCUACAUUCAGUCUGUGCGCAUGCGUGUCAUCCAGAUGCUGUUAUCAUCAUUGUCGGCACUCACAAGGCAAGCGUCUCUGACGUUAAAAAGUUACGUUUUACUGAAGAACUUCACCGUCGAAUCACACCUCAUUUCUGCCAUCGGCUGGUUCUAAACCCUCUCGACGACAAGCCGCUGUUUCUCGUCGAUAAUUCCCAACCAGUUCACGAAGAUUUCCAGCAGUUGAGGGCACAAAUAUUCAGACGGGUCGAGAGCGCCGAAUACGCUCAGGAACGAUAUCCCAUCAAGUACCUGCUCUUCUAUCGCCAGAUUCAGAAUCGUCGAAAGCUGGCAGAGACGGAUUGUGCCGCUUACGUGAUGACCUUGGACCAAAUCAGCGACCUUGCAAGAGAUACUUGCGAUGUGACCAAUGAAGACGACUUAAAGAGCAUGCUGCGAUUUUUUGGCGAGGCUGGAGAACUCAUUCACAAAGAUGACGACGACAUCUUGCGACAACAUGUCGUGUUGGACCCCCAGUUCUUAGUUGAUGUCAUGAAGAAACUCUUGCGAAUCCCGCGUGGCUCUAAAAGGUCGCAUCGCUUUGCUGUAGAUUGGAAAGAUUACGAAAGUAGUGGAAUUAUCACAGAGGGUCUGAUGCAACAUAUUUACAGCGACAUGUCCCAUCUUGUGCCACUUCUGACCAAGCUUCUGCAGGCCUAUGACCUCAUGUGUCAGGUGGCGUUUGUCUUAAAUCCAAAAUACCCCCAGAAGUCGUUCUUGGUUCCUGCCAUGCUGCCUCCUUACCGGGGUGAAUCGGUGAACUUUUGGAAACCCCAGAGUAAAGAGGAGGUCUUUUAUUUCGACUUUGGUUCCUUCAAUCCCAGCACCGUCUACUACCGUCUACUGACCCGUUGCCUGACACAUGCCAUUCUAGACAAGUUUGAUUCCAACUCAAAGCCUUUGAUUUUUGCAGACCGGUGCCGGUUCCACAUCGGCACCAGCUUCAUCUUCAAGUUGCAGCUGGAGAGACGUUCUUCUCAACAGAUGCUUCUAUCGGUCACUGUCUUGGCGUUUGAGCAACAAAAUCCCGUUUGGAAUCUCCUGAAAUUCUUGCUGAACGUCGUGAAGAGCAUAACAGCGAGGGACUACCCACAGUUGUGCUUCUCAUUCGGUCCUCGCUGUCCUUACUGUGUGCACGAAGCCAACUUGGGAAGAUCAAUUGACGACAUCUUAAAAGACACCUGUGAAAACAACAUCCGAGAAGAGGCAAACAUCCACGUGCUGAAGAUGGCCGGGAAUGACCAGCCGUUCCCUACGAUGUCCCCGGCCGUGAUGCUCUGUGGUCAGAAAAGAUACGAGUUGGUGCUGUCGGGAUAUAAAUCUCUGGAUGCGGACUGUGGUUCCUGCCAUCUGCCACAACGGGUAGCAUUCACUACGAAGACACCAAUUACAAGACUGCCUCCCGACCUCUUUCAUAAGGUGUGCUUGCUGCUUAACGACACCCACGGCAUCAGAAACUGGAAAGCUCUGGCAGGCGAGUUGGGUAAAGACGUGGAGUCCGUAGCAGUGUUGGACAGCCAGCGGAUAACCAACCCUACCGAGUGUCUGCUGCGAGAGUGGGCGAUGAUUGACGGUCACGUGACAGUCAGCGACUUGCUGGAAGUCCUCGGUAGACCUUUACUUCAACGGAUGGAUGUCAUACAAGAAAUACGUGCACAAAUGGCACAAGAAUGAAGUGUGGUGGAAACAACUGCAUUGGUCGCACUAGUUUGGUUUUAUACUGAGACGGAGCUCAUUACCGGCCACCCAAUGAAUUCUCUGAAUUCACAGUUCUGAAACUACAUGUACAAGAAACAGACUAUCAAGUAAAUAUAAUUGGUAGUUUAGAUUUGAAUAUUUUGAAAAAGAAACACUCCUGGCGAUGGCCAGUGGAAACGCGAGUGAAUACUCGAUCUAUUCAGUGGAAUAAAUUUCAAGCAUUGACAGGUCAUUUUGCAUAAUUGUUUAAUAAUGUAAAGUUGUAAAUCCAUUGUAAAAAAAAAAAAAUCACCCCAGUUUAAACUCAACUGAAUACUCGGUGUGAUGGGUUGAAUGAAUGUCACUGUAGGUUGUCUUGUGCGUCGUAUCAGUCGCAUGGAUUGUUGAGUUGUGAAUAUUCUAUGGAAAGAAGAAAACAAUUAUGAGAACAAAUGAAAUAAGGAAGCAAUCGUGAUAACAUAAUACACAAGUUUGAUAAACUCGUAUGUCGACGGAGUGUUUGGACAAACCAAUAACUCAGAAACAAGCAGUCCUCUAAUCGGAUAUCUUUUGGUCUAUAUUUUUGUAGAUAUUAUCUGCGUCGCGUAGGGACGCUACUUUCAUUCAAUGAAAUGUAAUGAAACGAAUUUGAACACACUUUUCAUAGCAUUGUUUAAACUGUAGUUUGUCGAAUGAUUGUUAAUCAACAGAGGGGGCACGUCCACUUUAACGGUGGGGCGCGCUGAUACAAAUUGUGAGGUCGUGAAAGGGCAUCAGUUUGGGAUUAUUUUGUUGGAGAAGAAGUUAUUCUCUGUUUCAUCUCCACAGUUUUAUGCUAGGGAAUUAUAAACAAUUACUUUAAGUGUCUCACUGUUUUAUUUCCAAUCUUUGCUUCAUUAUGAGGGAGACGUGAUAUCCGCCAAACCUGCCGAGUGUCAUACGUUUUGGCUAUACAGAA